AUGUCGUGUGGGCUAUGCAGUGUGACCUGUGUGGUGUGGGCUGUGCAGUGUGACCUGUGCGGUGUGGGCUGUCCAGUUGUGAUCUGUGUGGUGUGGGCUGUGCAGUGUGGCCUGUCCAGUGUGGGCUGUCCAGCCCGUGUGCAGGCCCGCCUGCUGCGUGCCCACCUCCUCCUGCUGUGCCCCCUGCUGCCAGCCCGGCUGCUGCCGCCCGGCGGCCUCGUGCGUGUCCCUGCUGUGCCGCCCUGCCUGCUCCCGCCAGGCCUGCUGUGGCGGCUCCCCGGGCCAGUGCAGCUGCUGAUGGAUGCGGCCCGGGGCUUUCUUGCCCUGGCUCCCACGGGUCAGCCUCUCCUGGACUUCAAUAAACUCAUUGAGUUCAUCCUCUGUCUGUCGUGCUGCAUUCGCUUGUGCCAGCUUGUGCCAGCAGAAGUGGCUGCUCCUGGCAGGUGGGCCUCCGUGCCCUGGGUGAGCGGCGCCGUGGGUACCAACCCUGGGCCGCUCCAGCCGCAUCUCCCGCGCUCCGUUGCCGAGGAGCCCCAGGCUCGCGCAUCCUCGCCGGCAAAGAACGAGUACCUGCUGUCCGUGGUGGCGGAGGAGCGGGACGCGCUGCUGCUCGGGCUGCGGUUCUCAUCCACCCAGCUGCACUUCCUGUUCCUCAGCGAGGACGCGGCCGGCGCCUGGCAGACCCGCGUGUCCUUCCGCAGCCCCGGCCUCGCGGACAGCCGCUGGCACACCCUGGUCCUGGCCGUGUCCCAGGGGUCCUUCUCCCUCACCACGGACUGCGGCCUCCCCGUGGACGUAGUGGCCGAUGUGUCCUUCCCUGACACACUCUCCGUGCAAGGAGCCCAGUUCUUCAUCGGCAGCAGGAGGAGAACCAAAGGCUUGUUCACUGGCCUGAUGAGGCAGCUGGUGCUCCUGCCCGGCUCAGAUGCCACCCCCAGCCUGUGCCCCAGCAGUAACGCCCAUCUGGCCCAGCUGUCCAUCCCUCCCGCACUGCAGGGCUUCCCAGGAGAGCCGGACGACAACGAGGUGCUGAAAUAUCCCUAUGACGCCAACGUGCGAGUGACCCUGGGCACACAGCCACCCUGCUCUCGGGCCCAGGAGGCCCAGUUCUGGUUUGAUGCCGUCCGGAGGGGGCUGUACCUGUGCACACGCGGACAGUGGCUCUCGGUGUUGGCAGCCAAGGCCAGGCUAGACUACGUGGAGGAGCAUCAGAGCCUGUUCACCAACUCGGAGACGCUGGGCAUGGAGACCUUCCGCAUCCCAGGGGCGGGCCUCUUCGUGGCCACAGCCAAUCGGAAAGCCAGGUCCACCAUCUACAAAUGGGAGGAUGGAAAGUUUGUCUCCUAUCAGAGCAUCCCCACACACCAGGCCCAGUCCUGGCGACACUUCACCAUUGGGAGAAAGAUCUUCCUGGCUGUGGCUAAUUUUGGACCAAAUGAAAAGGGCCAGGAGUUCUCUGUGAUUUACAAAUGGAGCCCCAGAAAGCUGAAGUUCGUCCUGUAUCAGAGGAUUGCCACCCACAGUGCUCGGGACUGGGAGGCCUUCACGGUGGACGGGGAGCACUUCCUGGCAGUGGCCAACCACCGGGAAGGCGACAACCACAACAUCGACAGCGUGAUCUACAAGUGGAGCCCCACCACCCAGCUCUUCGAGGCCAACCAGAGCAUCGCCACGUCGGGCGCCUACGACUGGGAGUUCUUCACGGUGGGGCCCUACUCCUUCCUGGUGGUGGCCAACACCUUCAACGGCACCUCCACCCGCCUGCACUCGCACCUCUACAUCUGGCUGGUGGGCGCCUUCCGCCUCUUCCAGUCCUUCCUGACAUUUGGCGCCGCGGACUGGGAGGUUCUCCACAUCGGGGACAGGGUCUUCCUGGCCGUGGCCAACAGCCACAGCUACGACGUGGAGACGCAGGUUCAGAACGACUCCUACGUCCUCAGCUCUGUCAUCUAUGAGCUGAACGUCACCGCGCAGAGCUUCAUCAAGUUUCAGGACAUCUCCACCUGCAGUGCUCUGGACUGGGAGUUCUUCUCCGUGGGGGAAGACCACUUUCUGGUGGUCGCCAACUCCUUCGAUGGAAACUCCUUCUCCGUGAACAGUAUUAUUUACAGGUGGCAGGGCUACGAGGGCUUCGUGCCAGUGCACAGCCUCCCCACCGUGGGCUGCCGGGACUGGGAAGCCUUCCACACGGCCACCGGCUCCUUCCUCAUCUACUCCAGCGCCAAGGAGCCGCUGUCCCGGGUCCUGCAGCUCAGGACCAUCUGA